AUGGUGGGUUCAUCACAUGUGUCUUGUAUAAGUUUGAACAUAGAGAUUGAAGCAAAUUUACUGUUGUCUGUUCCUGGUAGUAGUGUUGAGCCUAAGGGCAGACUUGGUACAAGUAUGUAUACUAAUGCCUUUACUACAUCUUUUAGUGAUGAUAGUCAUGCCAUUAGAGGUGUCUUAAUGAAAAAUUGGAAUGUGUUACUCAAUGAUUCUGAUGUUAGAGUGAGAAUAGGUGAUAAACCCACAAUAGUCUUUAAAAAAGGCUUUAAUCUGAAAACAGUAAGUCAAGUAAAUAUUAACCAUCAGACUAUUCAGAUUUUUGGAAAACCUUGCUGUAAUACUAAAAAGGUUGUUUACUGUGCUAUCUGCUCUGUCUGCCCUUGUUUUUAUGUUGACAAGACCAAGAGGAAACUUAAAAAUCGAAUUAGUGAGCAUUUAUCGGAUAUCCGUCCAAGCACCAGGAAUGCAGAUUUCAGUGAGAUACAAACUCAAAAGUCAUCAUGUGGGAAGUACUGUAAAUCUAAAUAUGACAGCACUUUUAUGAAUAAGAUGUUGAUCACGAGACUAGAUAUGGUGCAUACCAAAAGCAGACCCUUCUGCUGUGAGGAAAGAAAUGAAGACAGUACCAUGGGAAGUGAACGAGAAGUGCAUAAUUUGGAAAUGCAUAGAAGGAAAAGGCCACGUAAAUGUGUCGACUGCAGCAACAAUGUUAAAUGUAAUAGUGUCUUACCUGAUCAUUUAAUUCAGAAUAUGAAAAGCCAAAAUGAUACUUUGGUAACGCCUGAGCAGAUAUUUGGUAAAGAGAAGCUGUAUAAAUGUGACACAUGUAGCAACUGUUUUUCAAGUAAAUAUCGUUUAGCAGUACAUCAGAUUACCCACACAGGACAAAACCCUUAUAAAUGUACCACGUGUGACAAGAGUUUUACAUGUAAAAGCAGUUUAACAAUGCAUCAGUAUACUCACUUUGAGCAGAAGCCCUAUAUAUGUGUCACAUGUGGCAAGAGCUUUGCAACUAAAAAAAGUUUAUCAAUGCACCAGCUUGGCCAUACGGGACACAAGCUAUAUAAAUGUAGCACAUGUGACAAGGGCUUUGCACAGAAGAGUACUUUAGUAGAACAUCAACUAGUCCACACGGGUAAGAAACCAUAUAAAUGUACCACGUGUGACAGGGGUUUUACACAGAAAGGAAGUCUGUUAAAACACCUGUCUAUCCACACAGGGCAAAAACCUUAUAAAUGUAACAUAUGUGACAAGACAUUUAGACAGAAAGGCACUAUGAUAAGCCAUCAGGGUAUCCACACUGGUCAGCAGCCAUAUAAGUGUACCACAUGUGAAAAGCGUUUUACAGAUAAGAGAUAUUUGGUAGCACAUGAGAGUAUUCAUACUGGGCAAAAGCCGUAUCGGUGUACCACAUGUGACAAGGGUUUUACAAAUAAGAGAAAUUUGUCAGAACAUCAAAGUAGGCAUACCGGGAUUAAACCCUAUAAAUGCACACUGUGCGACAAGAGUUUUAUGUAUCGCAGGACAAUGAUAAGUCAUCAGAGUGACCACACGGGCCUGAGACCAUAUAAAUGUACUGUAUGUGACAAGGGUUUUACCGAUAAGAGAUGUCUUGCAGCACACCAGAGUACUCACACGGGACAGAAACCGUAUCAUUGCAUGACAUGUGACAAGGGCUUUGCAAAUAAGAAAACUAUGACACUGCAUCAAGCUAUCCACACUGGACAGAAACCGUACAAAUGUGACACAUGUGGCAAGAGUUUCACACAGAAAGGGAACAUGCUGUGGCAUCAGUUAGUGCAUACCAGGCAGUUGCCUUAUAAAUGUGCCACAUGUGGCAAAGGUUUUGCAAUUAAGAAAAGUUUAGCAAAGCAUCAGGCCAUCCACAGUACAGAGAAACCCUUUAAUUGUCUGAUGUGUAAUAAGGGAUUUACAACUAAAUAUGGAUUAUCAUUGCAUCAAGUUAUCCACACUGGAGAAAAACCUUACAAAUGUACCAGUUGUGACAAGAAUUUUGCAAAUAAAUCUAACAUGAUGCAACAUCAAUUAGUCCACUCGAGACAGAAACGAUAUAAAUGUUUCACAUGUGAAAAGGAUUUCACUCAUAAGAAAAGUUUGACAUUGCAUCAGGUUAUACAUAAUGGAGUCCAACUUUAGCUCCAAUCAUAGAAGUAUCUAUGAAGAUCCUGUAGAACAUAACAAAGAUGCUAAAUGGAUAGAAGAAGUUAAAUAAAGAAUAAGAGGUUUAAAGGUACAGGAAAUUAAAUGGGAUGAAGUAACAGCCAGAGAGAUUGAAACAAAGUUGAGAAAGGCCUCUAAUUGGAAAACCCCAGGCCCAGAAGCAGUACCUAUCUUUUGGCUGAAAGUAGUAACAUCUUUGUGCGAAGAUUUAGCCAUGAGUAAGAUCUAUUUAUAUGCACACCCUAAACAGACACCAACCUGGUUAACAACA